AUGUCCAAGCCAACCGUCCUCCUCCUUGGAAAAAUCGAUCACGCCCACGAGCAGUGGUCCACCUCCAUAGAAUCAAUCGCCACAGUCCUCCUCCCCAAAGCGCGUUCCCGCCCAGAAUUCAUAGAAGAAUGCAAGUCUGGCGCCUUCGACGCGGCGGUAGCCGCGUACAGGACGUUUGGAAGCGUCACUGUCACGGGGUUGAUAGACGAGGAGCUGGUCGCCGCGUUGCCGAAGGGGUUGAAGUUCAUCUGCCAUAAUGGUGCGGGAUACGAUCAGAUCGACGUACAUGCCUGUACGGCAAAGGGAAUCCGGGUUUCUAAUGUUCCAACGGCGGUGGAUGACGCAACGGCUGAUACGAACAUGUUUCUGAUCCUGGGAGCGUUGAGGGGAUUCAAUACUUCAAUGCUCGCCCUCCGCGAGGGCCACUUCAAAGGCUCGACCCCUCCCCCCUUGGGCCAUGACCCGCAAGGCAAAGUCCUCGGGAUCCUAGGCAUGGGCGGCAUCGGCCGAAACCUGAUGAAGAAGGCCGCCGUCUUCGGAAUGUCGACGCAGUACCACAACCGAACGCAGUUAUCGGAGGAGCUGAGCGGAGGUGCCAAGUACGUGAGCUUUGAGGAGCUGUUGAAGACGAGUGAUGUCCUCUCUCUGAACUUGCCUUUGAACAAACAAACCCGCCACAUCAUCUCCACGAGAGAGUUUGCGUUGAUGAAGCCCGGCGUGGUGAUAGUCAACACCGCCCGAGGCGCCGUCAUGGACGAAGACGCUCUCGUGAAGGCUUUAGAGGGAGGGCAGGUGUGGUCGUGCGGACUAGAUGUCUACGAGGAAGAGCCAAAGGUGCACCCCGGUCUGAUUGCAAACCCGAACGUGAUGCUGCUGCCGCACAUGGGGACUUGGACUGUGGAGACGCAAACGAAGAUGGAGGUUUGGUGCUUGGAUAAUCUGAAGAUGGCGGUGCAGGAGGGGAAGCUGGUCAGUCCCGUGUCCGAGCAGAAGGAUAUGUGA